GUUGACUUUUCUUUCAACCAUAUUACAAACUCAAGCACAGACCUGUCAUGCACAGAGAAAAUAGUGCCACAUCUACACAUGCCAAUAAAUCCUUGCCUAUUGCAGUUCUAGGGUUGCAUUUCCUCAAUGAACAUUAAAAGACAGUGAGGAAAACAGAAGCUAAGGUGAAUGCAGGAAAUAGAAGACUAUGAAUAAAACCAGUGUAUGCAAGUAAAAAAAAAACUGGUCAAAUGCACGUCUCCUUACACUUCCUGUUUCUAGGGCAAAGCAUUGUCUGCCUUCUUACGGGGACAAGGUGGAGCACGUAUCACUCCGCCGUCUCGGCUUGGAGUCCAUUUUAGGUCUGCCGAAAAAACCAGGGACAAUUCCCGGAUGUAACUGUCAUGGCCGCCAACGGCAAACUCGGGCAGCAGUUGAGGAAAACAAGGUUCUGCAUAUUCCAUAUGUUGUAGCAAAUUAUGACAAGAAACCAUUCCAUUUUCUGAGGAAGGCUAACGAAAACUCUUCACGCUACAGUGAGAUCCUCUCUAUUGUUGAUUUCAUCUUAAUAUACAUGAUGAAAUCACCAAAUAAGGACUUGCCUGUGGGGACUGAGGAAUCGGGUCCCUCUAAAGAGGAUUUGUGGGAUUUUGCAGAACAUGAUUCCGAUACCAAUGAACCAAGCUCCCUGUCAUCAUUUUCUGUCAAUGAAAGUGUUUUACAUGACAUUGAUGAAGAUCCAGAGAAUGCAUUGAACAUAGCUGGUAAUAAUACUACUUUGAAUGAAAAAGGAGAAAGUGUUCAAAACGCUGCAUGCAAAAAGCAGACUGCAAGAAAGUCGUUCUGGAGAGGAACCCUAAGUAACUUGGAUAGUUCUGCAGAUCUUAACACUGUCAUUAAAUCAGAACCUCAACUGGAUGAUGACAUAGCAAAUAUAUCGGCAAAGGUUCUACAUUUCUUCUGCCAAAAAUGUAACAAUGGUAUCAGAUACAGUCCCAAUGACCUUCAAAAACACUUUCUCAUAAUGCAUAAUGGAGAAUCGCCCUUGUAUCCAUGUGAAAUGUGUAACUUUUCUGCUAAUGACUUCCAGACAUUCAAACAACAUCGAAAGACUCAUCGAAGUGCUUUAGUUAAAUGUGAAAUCUGCAAUAAUGACUAUUUAUAUACAUUGCUGGCUUUGACAAAGCACUUUACAGUUAUGCAUUGUAAUAAUGGGCACUUUAACUGCUCAAAAUGUAAGUUUUCUACCAGAGACGUUGGCACGUUUGUUCAGCACAUUCACAGACAUAAUGGAAUAGAGUAUGCGUGUCAGAAAUGUAAUCACAUUAGCUUCUCAAAAAUAGAAUUUCAAAAACACCUUCAGGGUCACAGUGCACUAUUUCCAUUUAGUUGUCAGUACUGCAACUACAGUGCAAUGAGAAAAGAUUUUAUUGUAAAACAUGUUUUAGCCAGACACAGAGAACAAAUUCAUACAAAAGAUGAACUUUUGCAGGAAAGUUGCGAUAGACAAAUGGAUACUUCUGGACUAAAACUUGUUUUAAAAAGGUACCAAACAGAUGCCACAAAUAAGGCUUUAUGGAGAAAAGAAGCAAACAGUGGUGAAAUGGAGAAUGAUGACGAUGAUGAUGAUCAGGGGACGAGUGGGUUGCAAUAUAAUCCCAUGGAUAAAAACCAGGCUGUGAGUGCCCUUUCAACCUAUAAUAUGGAUCAAACAAUGCAAGAUGGAAUAUCAUCUGUGACAACUAUAAAGUGCAACAGUGAUGAAAGUAACUCGAAUGUCUUGAAAAAUGCAGUUCAUGGUCCAACUGUGCUAAUGGUUAAGAACAAUAAAAUAAAUGUUCCAGCUAAUUACAGUGCAACAUUCAUGGGUUACAAGAUGGUGAAUGGAAAACAAAACAUUGUAAUCAAACUGUUGCCCUCAAAUAAACAAUCAGGAGCAGCACUUCAGUCACCGCCCCCUACACUGAGUGGUUUGAAUCCUCAAGCCCAUGGUCCGAGGCCAUUUGAAGCGUCCUCUAAUGGUGUUGACAAAAGACCUGUACCAUUAUUUAAACCCAGUAUAUCAUCAUGCCCUACAUCUGUUGCUUCUUUGCAAAAAACAAGUGUUCCAUUUAGGCCCAGAAAUGAAUCACAUCCUAUCAGACAUGUCGCACCAAACUCUAUCAGACAGGGGACUGCUGCCAGCCAAGCUUUUCUGCAAAGCCUUCGAAAAGAUUUAGUAUGUCGUAGUAGUAUUCCUAACUCUUCUUUUGGUACUGACCGUGUAAGCAACAUUAAAGAAGAGCCAGAAGAAUACACUAUUAAUGAGCAACGAAAUAUGCAAAUGGGACGUAAUCAUGAUCUAGCUGCGGGGCCUAUGCAUCAGGGUAGAAUGUCAAAUUCCUCAAAUCUAAAUCCUAACAUGCAACAUUUGUUAAGACAUCGACACAGCAGUGAUAGUGGGCUACCCUUGUCUAAAUCAUUGUACACUAAAGAUAACGAGAUCAGAAGUUCAGUAUUGCAUACGUUAACAGCUAGCAGAACUGGUGGAUUUAACUUUACAAACGCUAACAUCAGGCCUCAAAAUGACUAUUUAAGUGCAAAUUUACACAUGCGUGACAAGCCAACAAACUUAUUGGACAAAAAUAGUAAAUCUGACAAUAUCUCAUUUAUGCCAAGAAUUACAUCUGUGUUCUCAUUGCAAAAUAGGCCACCAGUUUCUACGUCGUUUGCCAAAAGCACUUAUCUUCAUAACAUGCUACAAGAAAAUAAAGCAUUAUAUGACAGACUUUGUGCAUCUAAAAAUCCCCUUACAGGUAGCAGUACAUUGACUAAGUCACCGAAUGCACCUUCACGAUUUGACCCUCGCCUAACAAGUGGUGACAAUGUACUGAAAGGUUCUGCUUCAUCUUUCAUGCAAGGACAAAUAUCUUCUGCAUUAGACAUCAAGUCUUCACACCCCUCAAGAGUAGGGGAUCUACUCAAAGCACAUUCAGAUGCAAUUGUUAAUCAGCAACUAGCAAAAGAAAAAAUGCUUGGAAUAGUACGGCCGCCUGGCAGCUCACCUGCUUUCAGAUUACUUAAAUCUCCACAGAAUGCAGGCUACCCUAAUCCUAACAAGGUUUUAUUGCCUUCAACAUCAAAUGCAUUGCUGCUUCCAGUUUUACCAACACAACAGAGUAGCUUGAAAAUGACUGCAAAUCACACAAUCACUCAAAGUAACACGGGCAUCAACACUAAUCACCCUGUAAAUGCAAAAUCCAACAUGGUAUUUACAUUAACAAAUGGACCUUUUGGAACGAUUAGAAAUGUGUCCAAUGGAAAUUCUCAGACCAUGGGUUCUCCUGUUGCACCUACAGGAAAUAACCAAGGAAAAUUGCCACUUCCCAGACUGCAGCGUCCUCCUGCGCCGUAUUUGUUGAAUGCAGAAUUAAAAGACUAUGGAAGUACUGUAAAUAACUUGCCCGCUAAAAUGCUUUCUGGUUCUGCUCCAGCAAAUAAGCUUCCAAUUAAUUUGAAUUUACUACAGUAUCGUAUAAAUCCCAGUUCUUCAGUAGGGAAAACAGGGAAUUUGGAAUCUGUAAAAAAUCCAGAGGCUCUUCAAAAGCAACCCGUUUAUGCUUUGUUGCCUGAUGGAAAACAAGCCGUCUUAUUAAACUAUGUUUUACCAAAACCAGCUCCAACCAAUUCCCAAAAGACUUUUGCAAACCUUCUACCCCGUAAUAUCCAACCAAAGAAAAUGGAAGAAGCAAAAGAAACCUCAUUUGUUAGCAGUAACAGCAGAGGUAAUCCACCAGUGAAAGUUAAAAUUGAGGAUACCAGUGCUGAAAAUCCCCCUUUUCCAGAGAACACCUAUGCUGCUAGCAGUACUUCUCAUCAGGGUAUCUCUGAACGCUCACCCUGGUCUCUGAGGCCAAGACCAAAUUUUGCUUCAAUUAAGGAUCAUUUGUACUCCACAAGUAACCAACAGAUGCUUUUGCAACCCUGUGCAGCCAAUAAAUUAAAGUGCAAACCAAGCAUGGCAAACACGUGGAAUAAUAGAAACAAAUCAUUGAAAAGAAAAGCAUCUGAUUCCAGCAGUUACCCAGCAGACUUUGAUAUCAAAAACAAGGUUGCCAAGAAAAAAUCAGUUGAUGAUUUUGUGGAAAUACCAAGAAAGAGAAUAUUGCAUAGAAAAUGUAAAGAGAAAUCAUACUACACAAGUGAUGUUGUAAUAGACAUUCCCACACCAAGUCCACCUAAAGAUAUUGUGCGUACAUUAAGAUUGUAUCCUUUCAAUGCCAGCCAAGUUGUGAAGUACCCUCAACAAAAUCAACCUGUUGUUGUUCUGAAUCACCCUGACGCAGAUAUUCCUGAAGUGGUAAAUGUAAUGAGAACCAUCUCAAAAUUCAGUGGUCACAUUUUAACGGUGACAUUGUCAAAAAGAACACUUGAGGCUCUUCUGGAGUCAAAGUUGAACAGUGCGGCAGAAACCAUUUCUGAUGGUGUAACUGGAAAACGUGGCAGGAGGGGAAAGCCUAUAAGCCCAGUGAAAGAACGUUUCGUGCUUAAGUUGACAUUAAAGAAAACCAGUAAAAACAAUUAUAAAAUUGUGAAAAACACAUCUGAAAAUCAAAACAAAACAAAAUUCCACUGCUGGUUUUGUGGUAGGAUAUUUGACAAUCAGGACGAAUGGGUUGGUCAUGGGCAAAGGCACCUAAUGGAGGCAACGAAAGACUGGAACACUCUAUUUUAAUAAUGUUUUCUGUCAUUGAUCAUGGGACAUUUUAUGCAGGAUCAGGAAUAUAUUUUGUUUUCUCAGUGGCGACAUUUAUCCCCAGACAAUACUGGGCAGUGUUGCUAUGGAAACAUUUCAUGUUAUAUUCAGGUUUCUUUUUUCCCCCUAUGUCAGAGUCUGAAAAUAUUUUGUAUUUAGUUUUAAUUUUUUUUAAAUAAACUUAAUUUACAAAUUAAGCUAUGUGAAUACAAUAUCAAAGAUUAAAACAAUUUGCGUGCGAUUGGUUUCUACUCUAGAGUAGUGGUUCAUAUGGAAAAUAACUGGAAUUUGCUGACUUUGCCUGUGGUGGAAUGUUAUAGUUUUACAGUAAAAUGAAGCUGCCUUUUUCUAUAAUAGGCAAGUUAUUUUUACAGUCAGGGACAACAUAUGGAAAUGUACAGAAAUUGUCAAUACAAAACAUUUUAUACAUAAUUGUAUUCUCACAUAACUUGAUAUUUUUCAUGCUGUAUAGCAUUUACUUCACUUAAUGAAGAGGUUUAGAUAGCAUUAUACCCCAUCCGGUUCUAUAGGUGUUAAGUAUGGGUAUUAACGUUCUACUUUUUUCUCUUUAUAUAAAAAGUUUAAAUAAACAACAUAUUAACAUUUAUUUUGUCACUUGUAAAUACAAAGAAAAAGCAUGAUUGUGAAUAUUUCAAGAUUGCGUUAUAUAGCUUUUUCCAUGAAUAUUAAAAAGUGUUACAUCGUGAA